CAUGGUAAUAUUCCGUAUGGACGAUUGGCCAUGGAAGCAAGGAAACCGGGGGCAAAAUGGGCAUACCAGGUCCGGGGUUCGUUGUCAGCGCGGCCCCUGGGUUCCUUAAUCAAGAUCCCAAAAGCCCACCGAACGGCUCUGCGUUGAAGACACACAGGGCAAAGAACAAAGAACGAGAAAAAGAAGAUCUCACUGGUGGAACGUAUCCUUGUGGCUUCAUCUGAUGUCCCUGGUCAUCUACAGAUGCAGGGGGUUCUUACGAGCGAGCAAAAGCCAUGGACGGACUCAGGAUACAAACCAGG